AUGGCUACGCGAGCGAGGAUGAAUGUGCAAACAUUUCCGCGGCCGCCACUGUUGGAGAAGCUAUCGCGCCACUUGCAAGUUGUGUGGAACGGCCAAGUGAUUGCGGAAACUCGGGAUGCCUAUUGGGUUCUGGAGACGCAUCACCCCCCUACGUACUAUUUGCCACCAGCGGCGGUGAAGGUGCCGCUGACCCCGACGCGUCGAAGUACAUACUGCGAGUGGAAAGGUGCAGCUACAUACUACACCAUCGCGGCCCCCGCAUCGUCGUCCGUUACAAGGUCGGAGGUGGUUUCCAACCGUAUCUGGUCAUAUGAGUCUCCAACGCCGGGAUUCGAAGCAAUCAAGGGGUAUUUGUCAUUUUAUGCUGACCCGUGGAAUUGCUUCGUCGAAGGCGAGGCAGUCCAGCCGCAGCCGGGGGACUUUUACGGGGGAUGGGUGACUUCAGAUAUCGACGGCAUCGUGAAGGGGGCUCAUGGCAACUGGGACCCUGUGGUCUGA